UAUUUUCGUAGCGGUACUUCUCGUUUGACAGCUGAUUUUAGUUCACUUCUGGAAAGUUUUUGUCCUCAGGCAAAUAGUUCAAAAUGUUUUCUCUAACACGUACCGCAUCGAAUGUUGCAAAGACAGCUGUGCGCUGUAAGCAUGAUUUGCCCAAAUUGCCCUACGAUUAUGCAGCUUUGGAGCCCGUAAUUUGCCGUGAAAUUAUGGAAUUGCACCAUCAAAAACAUCACCAAACUUAUGUGAACAAUUUGAACGCCGCUGAAGAGCAACUUGCCGAGGCACAGCAGAAGAAAGAUGUGACCAAGAUCAUUUCACUUGCGCCUGCAUUGCGUUUUAAUGGUGGCGGUCACAUCAAUCACUCGAUUUUCUGGCAAAACUUGUCGCCGGAAAAAUCGCAGCCUUCCAACGAUUUGAAGUGUGCUAUUGAAGCGCAAUUUGGUAGCUUGGAGGCGAUGAAGAAGGAGUUGACCACAUUAACUGUUGCCGUACAAGGUUCCGGCUGGGGCUGGUUGGGUUAUAAUAAGAAAACUAAUCAAUUGCAAUUGGCUGCUUUGCCCAACCAGGACCCAUUAGAGGGUAGCACAGGUCUUGUGCCACUCUUCGGUAUUGAUGUUUGGGAGCAUGCCUAUUAUUUGCAAUACAAAAAUGUGCGCCCAUCAUAUGUUGAGGCCAUCUGGGAUAUUGCUAACUGGAAGGACAUCUCCAACCGUUAUGCUGCCGCUGCUAAGAAGUAAUGAGAAACUCUUAUAUGUACCCUGUCAAUGGUUUUGUUUAAGCUUUAAAUGUUUUGUGGCAACCUACUUAUAAAAUAAGUGUCCCAAAGCAAUUGUGAAGAAACUUGAAUAUUUCCGAACUUAUUCACUGUCAAAUGCGUUUUCUGUAGUUUCUGCACAGUUAAAUAUGUAAUGAUAGUUCGCGGCAAAAUAGAUUUACUCAUUUAGAACUUAUGAAUAAAUAAAUAUGAGAAUACCUUCGAAUAUA